AUGAUUGAUAAUAAGAAUAACAACUCCAGGGGAUCAUCCCAUGGAUUCAGCACUGGAAGUGCGGGAAAUUUAAAUAAAGUCAAUUCUUUUCUUAAAGUUUUUGUCUUUACUUUCGUAAUUUUGGCUAUCCAAUGUCUUAACGAAAGUUUUUCCGCUUCUGUGCAAAAGAGCUCAGGAAAUGGGCCCAAAGUGGCUAGCAGACUGUUACUAAGUAAUUUUGAUGACAGUUCUGUAAGCCUCGUCAUAGGCGGCGACGAUGAAGGUUCAAAUAGCAACAUAACAUCUGAAUAUUACUACCUCAUUGUGGAUGACAACGAAAACAAGGUAGAUGAAUUGGGAAGUGCUGAAAACCUCUCAGACAGUAACCAUGAUGGUGAUGUCCAAGUACCCCAAGAAGAAGAUGUGUCUGAAAAGGAAAAAAAAUUAUCCAGAGAGAAGACCUACGGAAGCAAUGUAACUGGAGAGACCACCAUGAACGAUUUUUUAUAUGAAGCUGAUUUCAUGAGGGAUUGCAGAAUGAACAAGAUAAAAGGAAAGCUUCACAAGAAAAUAUUUAGUUUCUUCAAGAAACACCACUACGUUGUUGCAGCUGUUAUGUCUAUAAUUUCUCUAUUGGCAGGCAAUACUGUAUUAGCAGUAGGUGUGAUAGUAAUAUAUAUAAUGUUAUUGGCACUUGGAUACGUACACAAAAAAUUAAAAUAA